AUGGCUAUAUCAUUUCAAGCCAAGAACCCUCUAAGACAACCCAUCACCAACAUUUCAAGAAGCUACGGUCCGUCCCGUGUGAUCACAUGCUCUGUUACUACCACCAACGUCCCUCAGCCUAAUCGUGAGAAGCUUGUGGUUGAGCAACGUCUCGUGCACCCUAUUCUGUCUAAGAACAAUGACCCGACUCUAGAAUCGACAUGGAGCCACCGGUUAUGGGUUGCGGCAGGCUGCACAACUGUGUUUGGCUCUAUUACUAAAUCUAUCAUUGGAGGGUUUGGUUCUAACCUCUGGCUUGAACCAGCUUUAGCUUGUUAUGCAGGGUACGUCUUAGCUGAUCUAGGAUCUGGUUUUUACCACUGGGGCAUUGAUAACUACGGUGAUGAGUCAACACCUAUAGUAGGAACCCAACUCGAAGCAUCUCAGGGUCACCACAAGUGGCCUUGGACAAUCACCAGAAGACAUUUUGCAAACAACUCACACACUAUAGCUCGAGCUAUAACAUUUACAGUUCUCCCAUUAAACAUUGCAUUCAACAACCAUGUGUUUCAUAGCUUUGUGAGUACAUUUGCAUUUUGCAUACUCUUUAGCCAACAGUUCCAUGCUUGGGCUCAUGGAACCAAGAGCAAGCUCCCACCUCUUGUGGUGGCAUUACAAGACAUGGGGAUGCUUGUUUCGCGGAAAGAUCACGUGGGACAUCACCGAGCACCGUAUAACAGCAACUACUGCGUAGUGAGUGGAGCAUGGAACAAGGUCUUGGAUGACAAUAAGAUCUUUGUGGCAUUGGAGUUGGUGUUGUAUAUGCAUUUCGGGGUGAGACCAAGGUCAUGGAAUGAGCCAAACUCUGACUGGACAGAAGAAACAGAGAUGUCCAAUAACCAAGCAUGACUCAAUCUAUUAACAAAUAUUUAAAGAAUGUGCUGAAAAAUUUUAGUCUCGUAGUUUAUAUGUAAUGA